AUGGGGCUUGACAAGCAAUGCCAAGGCCAAGCCAAGGCAUGGCAUGCCAAGCUCCCAAUAGCCUCACUCUCGAAAGCCAAGGCAUGGCAUGCCAAUAGCCUCACUCAAGCUUCCAAUAGCCUCACUCUCGCAAGCCAAGGCAAGACAUGCCGAGGCACGACAUGCCAAGGCAAGGCAUGUCAAGCUUCCAAUAGCCUCACUCUCGCAAGACAUGCCAAGGCCAAGGCACGAGAUGCCAACGCAAUGCAUGCCAAGGCUAAGCCAAGGCAAGGCAUGCCAAGGCCACGACAUGCCAAGGCCAAGGCACGACAUGCCAACGCAAGCAAGGCAAGGCAUGCCAAGGCAAGCCAAGGCAAGGCAUGCCAAGGCCAAGCCAAGGCAAGGCAUGCCAAGGCCAAGCCAAGGCAAGGCAUGACAAGGCCACGACAUGCCAACGCAAGGCAAGGCAAGGCAUGCCAAGGCCAAACCAAGGCAAGGCAUGCCAAGGCCAAGCCAAGGCAAGGCAUUCCAAGGCCACGACAUGCCAACGCAAGGCAAGGCAAGGCAUGCCAAGGCCAAGCCAAGGCAAGGCAAGGCAUUCCAAGGCCACGACAUGCCAACGCAAAUGCAAGGCAAGGCAUGCCAAGGCCAACCCAAGGCAAGGCAAGGCAUGCCAAGGCCAAGCCAAGUCAAGGCAUGCCAAGGCCAAGGCACGACAUGCCAACGCAAGGCAAGGCAUGCCAAGGCCAAGCCAAGAUACGACAUGCCAACGCAAGGCAAGGCAAGGCAUGCCGAGGCCACGCCAUGCCAAGCUUCCAAUAG